GCCUGGGCCUGGUGCAUGCUGGGAGCAGUAAAUGGCCUCCUGUCACGGCAGGCUCAUUGUUAUGGAAGCUCAGAACAGGUUUCCUCACCUCCUCCACCACUCUUCCGGAAGUGCCGCCGCCCUCGCGCCCACCAGCGGCCACCCCCUGCGGCAGGCCCCGCCCCCUACCGGCUCCGCCCCCCAGCUCUCCGCCCCCUCCUCCGGUGGUGGCGCCGGCUUGCAACCCUGGUCGUGGUGGUUUCGGUGCCCGAAGCCGGGAGCGCGGAGUCGUUCCCGGAGCGCGGCCAGGCUAUGAUCGCGGGUCCCCGGCGUCCCGCUCCGGCCAACCAGAGUCCCUGUCUCAGCUUGUGCCCGUGCCUGAGCGGUCUCCUUAGCCCAGCUCCGCGGUGCGGUUGGCGGCGGCGGCGCCCGGCGCGCCCCCUCCUCCGAUGGCGGCGGAGAUCCAGCCCAAGCCGCUGACCCGCAAGCCCAUCCUGCUGCAGCGGGUCGAGGGGUCCCAGGAGGUGGUGAAUAUGGCCGUGAUCGUGCCCAAGGAGGAGGGCGUCAUCAGCGUCUCGGAGGACAGGACCGUUCGUGUAUGGCUAAAGAGAGACAGUGGACAAUAUUGGCCAAGCAUAUACCAUAUGAUGCCUUCUCCAUGUUCAUGCAUGUCUUUUAACCCGGAAACAAGAAGACUGUCCAUAGGUCUAGACAAUGGUACAAUCUCAGAAUUUAUUUUAUCAGAAGAUUAUAACAAGAUGACUCCUGUGAAAAACUAUCAAGCGCAUCAGAGCAGAGUGACGAUGAUCCUGUUCGUCCUGGAGCUGGAGUGGGUGCUGAGCACUGGGCAGGACAAGCAAUUUGCCUGGCACUGCUCCGAGAGUGGGCAGCGCCUGGGAGGGUAUCGAACCAGUGCCGUGGCCUCGGGCCUGCAAUUUGACGUUGAAACCCGGCAUGUGUUUAUUGGUGACCAGUCGGGACAAGUAACCAUCCUCAAACUGGAGCAAGACAACUGCACCCUGGUCACAACGUUCAGAGGACAUACAGGUGGGGUGACUGCUCUCUGUUGGGACCCCGUCCAGCGAGUGUUGUUCUCCGGCAGCUCUGAUCACUCCGUUAUCAUGUGGGACAUCGGCGGGAGGAAAGGAACAGCCAUCGAGCUCCAAGGACACAAUGACAAAGUCCAGGCCCUUUCCUAUGCGCAGCACACACGGCAGCUCAUCUCCUGCGGUGGUGAUGGCGGGAUUGUGGUCUGGAACAUGGACGUGGAGAGGCAGGAGACCCCUGAAUGGCUGGACAGCGACUCCUGCCAAAAGUGUGAUCAGCCUUUCUUCUGGAACUUCAAGCAAAUGUGGGACAGUAAGAAAAUUGGCCUAAGACAGCACCACUGCCGCAAGUGUGGGAAGGCCGUCUGCGGCAAGUGCAGCUCCAAGCGCUCCUCCAUCCCCCUGAUGGGCUUCGAGUUUGAAGUGAGGGUCUGUGACAGCUGCCACGAGGCCAUCACCGAUGAAGAACGUGCACCCACGGCUACCUUCCAUGACAGUAAACAUAACAUUGUGCAUGUGCAUUUCGAUGCAACCAGAGGAUGGUUACUGACUUCUGGAACUGACAAGGUUAUUAAGUUGUGGGAUAUGACCCCAGUCGUGUCUUGAUGACACUGCAGGCAUCACAAAGAUAGUAUUUACUCAAGAAACGGUUGUUCUAAUCCACAUCAUUACUGGAGCUGCAAGCGGACGUGUGAGAGUUCGAGAGAAACUGCAGAGCGGGGCUGAGCUGACGGGGUAGCAACGCGUACAGGGGUGAGCUCGUGAGUGAACGCUGGCGAGGGAGACUUUCAACGCAUUCAUACGAUAUAAAAGAAGAUAUUUUUUUAGCAAAUGGUUUAUACAGUCUGGCUGUGCUACAUUGUUUUGAGCAUACUGAAAACUUUGUGUGGGGUGUUUAAUUUUUACAUUUUUCAACACUUCGUUUUAGUUGUUGCUUUGCGUGUUGGAGAAAUGACGGAGGCAUCUGUUCAGGGUAUUUUUGGUCAUUAUAAAGUCGUUUCUAUGUUUUCUUCACUUCCGGCACAUAUUCCGUGGUCAGCGUCUUUUUCUUCUGUUACCUACUCUCCGCUUCAUCGGCUCUUUGCCAGUGUGUUUAUAUUUACGCUCUUUCUUCUCAGCGUUUCCGCUUUCACAGAAAUCCUCUUCAACAGAGAGAGCUGGGAAACCAUUCAUGUGGGUUUUCCAACCGACUUCUUGAAUCACGUGAAGAGUUAUCCCUUUGACACGUCUCACUCGCUCAUGCUCUGAGUAGACAUGACCUUGUGCUUUUGCCUCCGUGUCUCCGUCUUUCCCACGUUACAAAAAGGCUGUGAGAAAGCUGCUCCCAACCACUGUCCCCACAGAGGUGGGUGAUUGUAACUCAGAGCUUCAACUCGCAGUGCCUGGGUCAUUUCUAAUUCAUUUGGAGCUGUCUGAGCCUUUUCUGUUUUGGCUUUAUUCACAUAGCUCUUCCUCACUCACAAUAUUCAAAACAAACACAACACAACGAAACAAAAACCCAUGACCUUCUGGGGGGGGGGGGGGAAGCAUCUGUAAGAUGUGUUUCUCCGCGCUGCACCUCUGAAUUUGAAUGUGUUCGUUACUGCGAGAUCGUAUCCUGCUCUACUCACCAUCUGUAUUCUCUUCCCCUUUAAAAACUAGAUAUUUAAAGAUUUUGAUCUUAAUGUAUUUCAGAACACUGUGCACACUUUCGUACUAAACCUGUGUGAUCUGAGACGUAAAAGGUACCGAGUCGUACAGCUCAUACUGUGUUCCGGUUGGGAAUGUUAAAAAUUUUUUAAAAAGUGGGUGGGGAGCUUAGAAAAUGAACCUGAAGAGCUCUCAGUUGAAGGGAAUCCAGACAGACUUGAUGAAGUGAAAUACUCUUAUGUGUAGUGACUCACCUCAGGCCAUUGAAGUCCCUUUUAGGAAUCUUAUUUUCACCUGUAAAGCCAGACUGCGUUAGCAGCAGGCAUGCACGAUGAGCCUGCCCCGUUGUGCGCGCUUUACAUGUACCGCCUCGUCACCCUCCCCUGGCAGGAGCGGCCGGGGAUCACUAAGUCUUGAGAUCACCAGGUCAAAUCAAGCCUUGCCGAUAAACAGGCCAAUGACUUGCCCUUCACUAUCCAUAUUAGCUUGUGCAUUCCUGAUUUUGACAGUUUUUUGGUGGUAGUAUUUGAACUGCUCCUGAUUUUUCUUUCGCUUCGGGGGAAGCCAUUGUUUUGCCCCUCGGGGACUUUUCAUUGCUUUUCUUUCCAACCAGGAAAAGUACUACCAGCCUUACGUGGCUGCCGUACUCCCAUUCUCUGAAGACCCCUGACACUGGCCCGUGUACGACCCGGGGAGGGGGCUUCCUAGAGAGGGUCCGCUGCUGCAGCGCUGGGACGUAGGACCAGUGCGCACGCCCCGUGCAGCCAGAGUAAUGGCGGCCAUCACCCGAGACCUCAGACCGGAUGAGCUCACGUGCCCAAACGCUAAGGUUGCACGUGUGCAUGCGCGUGCACACACGCCCACGGAAGCGGUUACCACCGGUCACGUCACUGCCCCCUUCCACAUGACCCUUGCUUACCAUCAGUUAGUUGCCUGUUAUAACUAAUCCGAGUCUUUUCUGCAUGAUUGUGAGAGAGCUUCAAAAAGGGAAUUCAAAUAUUCAAAUAUCUAUAUUAUAGUCUACUACGAGAACUUGGAGCCGCUUACUAAGUUGCACAUGAUAGAGAACCAUGUGUUGGAAAUGAGUAAUAGAAAUUAAUCUGUUUUCCCUUCCUGGGUUUUGGAGCGUGGCCUGUAUAACGGAGAGGGAGAGGUGUUAGGGAAGCGGUAGACCAGUGCCCCUCAAGCCUGACGUGGAUGUGAGUUAGGUCUAGACGAGCUCACACCCCACCGGGGAAGCUGCCUGCCCCUAAGGGGUCACGAGUGUAUACCGCGGCCCCCCUGGUCCGUGACCCUGCACUUCACUGCAGCCAUCUCCCUCCCAGCACGGCGGGACCCCAGCCCUCAGAGCCACUCGGAGGUCGAAACCACUCGACACCCCACCGAUGAGAGUCGCGAUCGGAAACCACAGAUGUAUCGUGGCAUCCGCUGCUCCGCCUCUUCCUUUUUCCUCGUCUGUGUGGGUGCUUGAAUUUGGUGAGAAGCGCUUAGCAAACCAACUGUGCGUGUUCGUGAUACUGUGAAUUCUUUGAGUUUUACAUUGAGUGCCUCCGCCAUUUUUGUAACUCAUGGAGAGAGAGACGCGGGUGGUGCGUGUCUUCCAAGCAUUUUGUGGCUGAAGGCUUCACCCAUUAGGAGUGAAGGCUGGCACCAGCACUUGGCUCUGCUCCUGUCCAGGUUAACUGUCAUAGUUCUUGUUUUGCCCUAUUGGAAUUGCACUUUACAUAUGUUUUUGCUCUGUUACUUGACCAGUUCCGGCAAGUGAUGCCUUACCUGAAACUGGCAAAACUGCACACGUGUCAUGCACAGACUUAUUCUUUGUUUCGUAGGAUAAAACGAAUCACCUGCUCUCAGUUUCUCCAAAGAAAUGUUACUGGAACCUCUAGCUGCCUGGGUUUGUGUCCACAGUAGCGAAAGUCGUUUUAAAUUAAGCACUUGGAAUUGCAUGUCUUUUUAUAUGCGGUCAGUCAACGACGUGUUUCUCAUUUGGUUGUUUGAAUUAUUCAAGGAAUCAUAAAAUCACAAAACUGGAAGGGAUCUUCAGAGAUCUAGAAUGUUCCAAGCAGAAAACAUGUAGUCACACCAGGCAGUUGGAUACAGCUGAGGUGUAAACAAGAGAACCUAAAAGAAGAGUUUUUGAGGAACAGUUGCUUUUGGACCUUAACUAGUAAUGGCAUGACUAGGAGGAGUGACUUCCAGGCAGCUCUUGGGAACCAGAUUUGAUGCUCUUAUAGGUGAACCUGACACUUCUUUUGGCUCCAGCCUUGGUUACGAGUGGAUGGGUACUACUCAAUGAGGCAACUGUUGCUGGUCUUGAUCAGAAUAAACUCAUUCUGGCGCUCUUCUCCAUGGACCACCCCAGCAGCCAAAUCCAAGUGGAAAUCCCAGGGUGUUGAAAAUUCAUCUUCCCUUUUGUCUGAAGGCUAGCCUUGAGUCAGUCUUUCUUAGGGAACGUGAUCACCUUUUCAUGGUUUGGGAUUCUUUUUUUUCAAUGUUUAUUUAUCUUUGAGAGAAAGAGACAGAGUGCAAGUGGGAGAGGGACAGAGAGACAGACACACAGAAUCCGAAGCAGGCUUCAGGCUCUGAGCUGUCAGUCAGCACACAGCCGGACAUGGGCCUCGAACUCAUGAACCACGACAUCAUGACCUGAGCCCAACUGACCGAGCCACCCAGGUGCCCCAGAUUCAUUUUUAAAAAGCAUAAUUUACUUUUGCUUAAAAAUCAAUUUUUAAAGCCUGGAUUUUGACUUUUAAGUAAAGGGAUAGCUCUAAACUGUGUACCAAAGUUACUGGCCACAAAUAUUCAUUAAAUGAGAUUCCUUUGCUUUUGCCUUUUCACUGUUUAAUUGUAUGUAAGCUAUCCCCUUCACUAAGAUAUAUAUUUUAAAGUAAAAGAAAGCACUUUGCCCAAACAGUCUUCUUUUUCUCUCCUUUAAAAUAAUGGUAAAUUUUGGGGCGCCUGCGUGGCUCAGUCGGUUAUGCAUCCGACUUCGGCUCAGGUCAUGAUCUCAUGGCUCAUGGGUUCGAGCCCCAAGUCAGGCUCUGUGCUGACAGCUCAGAGCCUGGAGCCUGCUUCGGAGUCUGUGUCUCUCUCUCUGCCCCUUCCCUGCUUGCGCUCUGUGUCUCUCUCAAAAAUAAACAUUUAAAAAUUUUUUUUAAAUAAAAAUAAAUAAAAUAAUAGUAAAUUUUAACUGAAAGUGGGUAUCUAGCAAGUUGACUGGGAAUCACAGAGUUCUCUGGGUGCUCCUAGAGAUCGUAGCCCACUUGAGCCGUCUGUUGAGUGUGCACCACAUACGAGGGCUUUGAACUAGGCCCUGGGGUGCCGGGGUCCACUUCCUGGCCUGGGCAGAGGCCACACAGGGGAGCAGAUGGGUCAUUUCAGUCCCAUGUAGUUCAUUCAGUGAAAGGAGCAUGCUUGAGGUCCCCCGGGGGAGUUCUGCGCAGGGUGCCCCUCCCCCAGCAGAAAGGGUUUCUGAGCCGGUUAAAGGUGGAGGUGGGGUUAGUGGAGUCGGGAAGUGACCUGUAGGCUGCAGAAACAGAAACAUGCCUACGAUCUGGCAUCAGCCUGGUACGCAAAGGCCACAAGUGGUUUGGAGCUGCCGGAGAAUAAUCGCGCGCUCAAGCGGCAGUCCUGGGGCCCGAGCUCUUGUCAUUAUGGGCGGGCCCGUGCAGGGAGGAAGGCCGCACACAGUUCGCCAGGAGGGGUUCACUCAGAGUUUGAGAGUCAAGUUUUCCUGCAGCUGAGGCUAGUAUCAAAGUUGGUUUGUUUGUUUUUCCUUUAGAAAUAUCUGGGAUUGUUAUGUUAAAAUGGCCCUUGGUAAUUAAUUUUUGAAGUUUCUGGAGGCACAGCCCCCUCCUGGAGGCCGUGAGGUGGAGCUGGAGACCGCUGCAUGCACGGACUCGGCCUGGGAGAACUUGCCUGCUAGUUCCCUUAUUGCGCAGGUGGGCCAGUCUCGGCUGCUCCCUUUGAGAAAGGAAAGAGCUUGCCUGGGGCAGGAGGAGACUGUUCUAGACAACUGUGGCCAAGCCCGUCGGUGCGUAAGCAGGCGGCUGCCCUCAAUUUCCCUGUUGGCCUUAAAUCGUUCUCGCAAGUAAUGGGUCAUCUCAGUACAGGUUGGCAAAUGCGAUAAAUCCUCCACCUAGUGGCACUCGCCAAGUGGAAGGGAACAUUUUCCUCAAUUCAGAGACUGUGAAAAGGGCUCAGGCGGCCCCCACCUCAGAGACCCGACCCUGCCCAGCCAGGGCACCCCAACAUUCUGCCGUGGGGCGCGGCACUUUCUAGUUCUUGCCAUUGCAUCCGUUCGCCUUUGUCUUGCGCUAGCCAGGUAUCGUGUGUCCGUAACUUAAUUCAGGGUACCCGUGUUCAUUUUUCAACUUCUGCUCAAGUUUACAACCAAGAAUUACAUACAUACCAACCCUUGGGGUUUUUAGUUUGUAAUUUUGCCCGUGAACGUUAUCCCUUCCACUGAGAAACCUAUUUAGGCCUAACACCCAAAAGCAGUCUUCAGAAAUUAGAUCUGCCCAGUACUGGAGUGGGAUUCCUCCCUGUGUUCCCCGUGCCAGGAAAUGUUUGCACAGACAGUAGACAGCCCCUUGUCGGCAAAGUGGGAGGGGGGGAGGCUGAAGCCUGGAGUAGGGAUCGAAUUUGAUGAUCAUCCUUAAGACCCCUUCCAGUCCUGAGAUCCUGUGAUUCCAUUCAUGUUGUUUACUGUUUGACUAGUGGCUGACAUAGGAAUGUCUUUGUCUUCUGUCACAUCACAUAAACUGCUUACUGCGUGUUUCCAUCUAGAGGUCUGAAGAAGAUAAAGAAGGUGGAACUUGAUCAUGGUACCAUCUCAUUAAAAAUAGAUACCUCAAACUGUCCACCUUUGUGACUUAAGAAGCAUAUCUGCCUUUCUUGGGAGAGACGGUGUCAGGGAACCGCAAGUUAGUUUUGACAUUAGAUUUAGAAUCUGACCUUGAUACCUUUCUCCCUCAGUUCUCUGGGAAUCAGAAGAGGGCGAACUAUACUACAAAAAGGGAAAAUGGUUUGAAAAAAGUAUUUCAUUUGUCUACACUUUUCUUUUUCCCAUCCAGGUAGAUGGCAGCCUUAGGUCAGUAGCAUCCACCCGUAUGAAGUGUAGACCAAACACUUGUGUCACUGGUAACCAUGGUACUCUUGAUAUAUUUGUGUUUGACGCCAUUUGCCUUGCUUUUUUACUGACUUUUUUUCACGUACUGUCAUUUUGCAAAAGAAAAUCUUUAUACGACAAGGACAAAAACUGUUACUAACUGGACAACAGGGAAGGUGCUAGCUCCACGUUCGUGCCUGCCUCCCACUCUUCAUAACCAGGGAAAUGGACUCUGCCAUCCUGCACGCCGUCAGUCUGUGGCCACCUCCGCACCUGGCCGCAGCAGGCGCGUCACUUUUCGGGUGUCUUUUUCUUUCUUUCUGAAAUGAGAUUCCCCAAGGGGUCAGGCUGAGAAGGUAAUGAGCCCGAGGCUGGAACCGAUCUCUCACGUGUGGUGCCAGCAGAACCCUCCGGCAUGGCCAUGCUGUCUGCCGGUAGAGUCCACCAACCAGACCGGACAGGCUUGACCUUGACUUCCUGACAGAUCCGGUGAGACGGAGCAAGAAUUGCUUACCAUGUCAAAAUGUCUGUAUCCCGUUCUCUGUUCAAAUGCUGCUGGAUGUUGUGAAUGUUUUUCAACUCUGCUCACUUUCCCACUGUGUUCCCUCUGACUGAAACAUGCCUGUAGCCAUUACCAAUGUAAGAGACUCUCAAUGCAAAGUUGCCUCCACGGUUUAAAAUAAAUCUCUGUGGAAACCUG